ACACACACACGCUCUCUCUCAUUGUGUGUGUGUGUCUCGUCCAGGAUGCCAUAGUGAUCCAUGAAGUUUAUGAAGAAGGAGCUGCAGCCAGAGACGGACGUCUGUGGGCCGGAGACCAGAUACUCGAGGUGAACGGUGUGGACCUGCGUGGAGCGUCACAUGAGGAGGCGAUCGCCGCCCUGCGCCAGACGCCGGCGAAGGUUUGUCUGACGGUGCUGAGGGACGAGGCUCAGUACAGAGACGAGGAGAACCUGGACCUGUUUAAGGUGGACCUGCACAAGAAGAGUGGCAGAGGGCUGGGACUGAGCAUCGUGGGGAAGAGGAGUGGCAGUGGUGUGUUUAUCUCUGAGGUGGUCAGAGGAGGCGCCGCUGAGCUGGACGGCCGCCUGAUGCAGGGAGAUCAGAUCCUGUCAGUCAACGGAGACGACACGAGACACGCCUCCCAGGAAACGGUCGCCGCCAUACUGAAGUGUGCGCGGGGUCCGGUCCUGCUCGAACUCGGACGACUCAAAGCUGCCUCCUGGAUCUCAUCCAGACACAGCUCACAGGGCAGUCAGAUGAGUCAUGUGAGCGGGAACAGUUCAGGUGUUGUGGCUCCGCCCUCUGACCGUACGACCUCUGACCCCCCGACGUCGACCUCCAACGCCCCCCCGCCGCUCAACAACAACCUGAAGUCCAGCAGUGACAUCACUUCCUGCUUUAACAGCACAGCAGGAGACGCUGGCGUCCGUACAGUGGACAUCACCAGGGGUGUCACUGACUCCCUCGGGGUGAGUAUAGCCGGGGGGAAGGGCAGCCCGCUGGGUGACACGCCCAUCUUCAUCGCCAUGAUCCAGGCCAAUGGGGUCGCAGCCAAAACACACCGACUUAAGGUGGGCGACAGGAUCGUCAAUAUUAACGGUCAGUCUGUGGACGGUCUGUCACACAGCGAGGUCGUCACCUUGUUGAAGAACAGCUACGGAAACAUCAGCCUGCAGGUGGUAGCGGACACAAACAUCAGCGCCAUCGCAACUCAGGUCGAGAGUUUGUCGAGCAGCUCCAGUGUGUCAGCCAACAUGGACACACACACCGCAGAGCCAGAGGGUCCGCGGCCUCGCAGCAUUAGUCUGGAGAAAGGCUCUGAGGGACUCGGCUUCAGCAUCGUUGGAGGAUUCGGCAGUCCACAUGGAGACCUGCCCAUCUAUGUGAAGACUGUCUUCAGCAAGGGCGCGGCGGCGGUGGACGGACGUCUGAAGCGAGGCGACCAGAUCCUGACGGUGAACGGAGAGAGUCUGCAGGGAGUGACGCACGAGCAGGCGGUCGGCAUCUUGAAGAAACAGAGAGGAACGGUCACACUGGACAUCCUGUCAUAACACACACACACACACACACACACACACACACACACACACACCUGACUCUUGGACUCAUCAUGAACUCUGAACUUCCCAACAUGCAAAAAGAAACCGCAUCAGACGGUGACAACACACACACACACACACACACACUUCCUGAUGUCACAUGAUUUCGGCCACACGUGUUUCCACUUUAAUACAAAGUUUCUCAGCCUUUGGUUCGGGGCCUCCAGCGGGGUCGCCUGAUGCACAGAUGAGGGUCGAUGAUGAAUCUUGACUUAAACGCCGUCACACACAGUCUCAUGAAACCUGAACGUGUCCGCGCUCCUAAUCCUGCAGAACUCGGACAUUUAAACAUGGGGACCUAUGGAGACUGACUCACUUCUAGAGCCAGCCUUUUAAAUUUUAGUUUCAACCUCACGGUGGCGCUGCAUGAGGUCAGAUUCAGGACACGUGAAAGGUUGAGAAACUCUGAUCAUCCAUCAGCCUGAACAAGUUCUCCGUGUUUCUGAUCUCGAGGGACAAGAAGGGAAGUGUUGCUGUCUGUCCGUUUAUUAAUGAAAUAAAUUCAGUUUAUUAAUCUGUAACACGAGCGAUCGUUGAAACGCUCGUCGACAUCACAAACUAUCAGGCAAACAGCUGUUAGCAUCAUGUUUCAUUUACAGGCAUGUUGACCCUCACAGGCCUCCGUCAUACAGACAGACUGAGAUCUGAGGUUUGUAAAAGAAAAAUCUGAAUGAAGUCAGAAACUGUCAAAUCUGAAAACAAUGAACCAAUUUAAACUAUUUUUACAGUGUGAUACAAAACAAAAAACAUUUCUUCAGCGUCUUAAGUUCUCGACUUUGUGCCAUAUAGUUCACACACACACACACACACACACACACACACACACAUAUCAUCUGUCUCCAUGGAGAUGACUCUCAGGACUUGGUGGGCUUGCUUGAGGAGAGACCCCCCCCCCCGUCGCCCCCA